AUGGAUUCGGAAGACGGGGAGUUUUUCAUCAAGCAACUGGCGAGCUUCGUGCGGACCCAUGAAAAGGCCCUCGCCAAUGCGCUACAGUUUAGGAGACAAAACACUCCUCGCCAUGCAUCUUCACAGAGCGUUUCGGUGCUCUCCACCUCGGCCCCCACGGCCUCUUCUCUUCCAGAGCGACCUUCGACGUCUUCAUCGCCUUCGAGCACAUUAGCUGCAGCUCUAUCUCUAGGCUCCUUGAACUUUACAUCCCACAACGUAAAGUCGGCAAAACUGGCUCUUACCGCCCAUCACCUGUUCUAUCUACUCUCCCGAUUCCAAGAGCUGGCUAUUCCUGUCGGCCCCAUGAAGGUUCGCCUGGAGAACCUGCACGAUAACCGAAAUUCGGGAAAUUAUGUAUCCUUCCUUAGCCAAACGCAACGGUGUAAAAGCCGUGGCUCCGACGUUGGCUCAAUUCACUCUGUUUCCAGCAUCAGGAGUGUUAUGUCGGGCAUGUCUGCUCUAUGGUCGAGUUUUGGAAUCGGUUCUAGCAUAUCUGCCGCUCGUUCUGAGAAGCAGAAGGCUGCCAUCGAGGCUGACCUCAAGUACUUGUACUCUGCUUUCACCAAGAUCCCUUGCCUACGACUUGCCCCCGACUUCCGCGCGCGUUUGAUCAAAGGAUACGAAGAAUUUCCUUUCGACUCGGCCGUCCCUCUUUAUGUCUUCAAGAACGUCCAGGCACUUGAAGUCAGUGAUACAGACUUCAGGCAAUUCUUUGGUUGGGACCGGCUUUCUGAGCAGCUUCGCUCUCUCACGCUCAAGCGCGCCAGUCUCGAUGACCCUGCAGAUGUUCUGAUCGACAUCGUUUUGGAUGAUAUGGAUAAGAGACGUCGUCGCUCGUCAAAAGCGCAGUCAUCCCCAACCGGUCCUUGGGCUGCACCAAGUCCUCGGAGAAGUCCCACAAUCCCGCAGGCGGCGCAGAAGUCGAAUUCCCCACCUAGUUCUCCAGAUGCGAGGACGUCCAACACUGAAAUACCAGUUGGCUCUCUCAACAGCGAAUCUGGGCCUGACCAGUUCGGGGCGGCUUUGCACAACCACAGGCGGCCGUCUGUCGUAAGGGUGGACAGCGAUGAGUCAAGGACACCGGCAAAAGACGGGCGACCACGAAGUCACUCCCCGCGCCGGCCUACCAGCUCUAGGAAUGGCUCAAGCAACGUCCGGGGAAGUCACAAGAUUCGUCGAUCCGGGUCUGGAAGCUCACACUCGAGCCUCUCGGACUCCUGGUAUAAUUCUCGUGGAAGUUCUUCCAACUUGCUCGCCAUGGGAACACUUCCUCCCUCCAAGUGGCGUUUCCUCAAGCAUUUGAGCCUCGCAGACAACUCCCUUACCUCCAUCCCGGCGGCCAGUCUGGCCCCACUUGCGAAUUCUCUCCAUUCUCUCGACCUGUCGGCGAACUUGUUUACCCAGAUCCCCGACAGCCUUGUAACUCUGACAGCCCUCCGCGCCCUGAACCUGGCUCAUUGCAUGAUCGACUCGCUCCAUUCGCUUAUUCGGUGUCCUCUUCCCGCUAUCACAGCCCUCAAUCUCCGCGCCAACCGCUUGACAUCGAUUGUGGGCAUUGAGAAGCUCUACCCCUUGGAAAGACUGGACUUGAGGGAUAAUCAAAUUACCGAUCCUAUGGAGUUGGCGCGUCUGACUGGUAUCCCCGAACUCCGGGAAAUCUACGUGGAGGGCAAUCCUUUUACGCGAAUCCACCGUGACUACCGCAUUACCAUCUUUAACCUGUUCCGUCAAACACCGGGAUAUACCGAAGACAUCACUAUCGACGGGUCAGGGCCCAGCUACUCAGAGAGGCGGUAUCUUCAUGAAAGGGCGGCAGAGCUACCGGCUGUCCCCGUCAUCAAGCCCCCACCCCAGGAAUUGCCUGCGGUGGAUGUCAGCAAGCCUACAUUUGUAUACGAGCCACCCCCAAGAGAACCGGCUGUCCUUAGGAAGGAGAGGCCCAUGCCCAAAAGCACAACAAGCGAACUCAACACUGCGUCUACGCGCCGUCGGAAAGCACCCAAACGACGUAUUGUGGAUCUCGCUACUAACGAGACGCCUGCUCCGGUGACUCUGGUCGACGAUCGCAGUAGACCUGGCGAGAGAGCGGCUUCGGGUCAUAACGAACAUUAUCGUAUUUCACAACCCACCGAGAUCCAUGCUCCUCAAGAGACACUUACGACUAGCCCUUUGCCCGACGCUCGAGCACCCGCCGAUAUCCCCAGGAUUGAAUCCACCGUCAUUCCCAGCAUAACUCCCCUUUAUCCCUCCCACAAGAGCUCAUCCGAGUCUCAGUCGUGGAGGGAUAAUGGCCACUGGGAUGUCGACGGCGAACUGUACCGUCGGAAGAUCGAGUCGCUUCGUGACAAAGUGGGGAGCCGCUAUCUGAGUGCACUCAAUGAGGAAGGAUGGGAUCCUACUUCGCUUCCGCCCAACUACCGCGAGGGCAACUUUGGUGCCCCCUCUCCCUUACUUGCGGACCCGACAGCUCCUAGAGCCGCAUCCGUGCAGGCGAUCCAUAGUGGUCGAACACUUGGAUGAAGUCUUAUUAUGAUAUUACCCCCAGGCUU